AUCCUCCGGACUGAGAGCACGUUUCCCCAUCCGUUCGUCUGGAUUGGUUUCCUCCAGGCUGGGCUCGGCUCGACUCGUGUUCCUUCGGCUCUACUCGGCUCGGCUCGGCUCGGUUCAUCCCAUUAGUGCAGCAGCUCCAGGUGCGGAUCUGCGCAGAGAACAGGAUCUUCACAGUGUCGUCGUACUUUGCCAUGAGACAAGUUCUGCCCUGAAUUAACUCCGAUUCCAUGCAGCGAUUUCCUCACUACGUGACCCCCAUGGACCCCCAGGUGUGUCCGCUGCCCCUGAGCAGCAGCCAAUCGUUGAUGAGCCUGGACAGAUCGCCGGCCAGCACGUUCAAACCCAGCCACUCACGCAACAGCAGCACCGGCUCCUCCAAACACUCAAAGCAGUCUCGUAACUGGGAGGUGAUCGAAGACCUGCAGCAUCUGGAGAUGAUUUCUGCUCCAGGCUCCACUCUGGACCUCACCAUCCCAGGGAUCUGUGAAGGCUACCUGAUGAAGAGGAGGAAGUAUCCGAUGAAGGGCUGGCACAAGAGAUACUUCAUUCUGGAGAAAGGAAUUCUGAAGUACUCCAAAGCGCAGCAGGACAUCCAGAGAGGGAAACUUCACGGUUCUCUGGACGUCAGCCUGGCCGUGAUGUCCAUCAACAAGAAGUCCAAACGCAUCGACCUGGACGCUGGAGACAAUCUCUACCACCUGAAGGCCAAAAGCCACGAUAUCUUCUACAUCUGGCUGACCAAGCUCUGUGCUCAUCGGCUGUACAGGAAAAACGAGGCCAUGAGCGUCCAUCACGGCGUCCUCCACGCCCUCUCCAUGGGUCAGAGUAAUCUACCAUCCAUGGUCACAUACACCCAGAAGAACCGAGCGAGGCCUUCUUACUACGCCAGCUCCGCCUCAGCGUACCAGCCGGAGAUGGGAAGCCCCGCCCCAUCUCCGGCCACCCCCUCCAACCACGGAGUGACCAAUAAGGUGUCGGCCUGGCUGCAGCAGACCCACGAUCUGGACGUGACCACCAACGACCUCUCUCGCUGUCAGACUGAGCUGACAGAACUGGCUCAGCUGAUCCAGAGACUCCACUGGUUGGAGGGAGGUCUGCCCAUCACCAACACAGACCUGGAGAUGAGGAUCAGCAUGCAGAACUUCUUUCUGGAAAAACCAAAGAGGAAACCUGGAAAAGUCUUUGGUCACUCCAGGACUUUAUCACGUGUUGAAGCUAUGGGCCUGCUGACCUCCAGCCAGUUCAGCACCAACCCCAGCUCUGGUCUGGGGGCUUCUGUCCCUUCCAUCCCUGACUACGUCUACAGUCAGUUGUCCAACCCUCAGGUGACUUCACCAGAGGCCAAGAAGCUCCACCAGGACAUCUGUGCUCUCUCCCAGAGGGUCCAUUCUUCUCUCAAGUCCAUUCACGACGUGUUGUCACUGGAGCGAGAGCGUCUCAGACAGGCCUGGACCGGACCGGACCUGAGGCAGAACACGUCACAGCAGCUGGCCACGCUGUGCAGCACGAUGUCAGAGAGGACGCCAUCUAUGGGUCGACACUGUCAACGCGCCCCCUCAGUGGCAGACUCUAUUGCCGAGUACUUUGACGCCAGCGAGGUUAUCGUGUGCGAGACCUCGUCUGAGGCGGAGGCUUCUGACGAGUCGGGCCUGAGUGACAUCACCACCACUAGCACCUCGGAGCCAGACGAGGGCCACACCACUGCAGCCUUGAACUACAGGGCCAGUCUGAAGGAGGUCAUUGACCCUCCCACGCCCCCUACCAGCGACACAGGUCGCCGAGCCGUACUCCCAGCUCCAGGAUCAGACAACAGCCACAUCGGCAUCAUGACCAUCCUGUACAACAACAUCGGCAAAGACCUGUCCCGGGUCUCCAUGCCCGUGGCUCUCAACGAGCCCGUGUCUCUGCUGCAGCGUGUCAGCGAGGAGCUGGAGUACGCCGAGCUGCUGGACAUCGCCAACCACAUCGACGACCCGUACGAACGCAUGGUCUACGUGGCCGCCUUCUCCAUCUCUGGCUACGCCUGGGCUUCCUGGAGGAAUCGCUACAAACCCUUCAACCCCGUUCUAGGAGAAACCUACGAGAACCACCGUGAGGACCGAGGGUUCCGCUACAUCAGCGAGCAGGUCAGCCAUCAUCCACCCAUCUCUGCCUGUCACGCCGACUCAGAAAACUUCACUUUCUGGCAAGAUCAGAGAUGGAAGAACAAGUUCUGGGGGAAGUCAGUGGAGAUCAUCUCCAGUGGGCUGGUCAACAUCAAACUGCCCCGGUACGGAGACCACUACGAGUGGAACAAGGUGGUGACUUGUAUCCACAACGUGCUGAGUCAGCAGCGCUGGCUGGAGCACUACGGCGAGGUGGUGAUCAGGAACACGCAGAGCGACGUCUGCACCUGUAAGAUCACCUUCGUCAAGUCCCGGUACUGGAGCUCAGACAGCAGUAAGAACGAGGUGCAGGGCGUGGUCCUGAACCGGGCCGGGGAGGUGGUGCAUCGAUUCGGAGGCCUGUGGCACGAGGGCAUCUUCUGUGACACGCUCUCUACGCCAAAGUGCAUCUGGAAGCCGAACGUACAACCGGAUGAUUACGCCCAGUUCUACGGCUUCUCUCGUUACGCCCGGGAACUGAACGAACUGACACCGGAGCUGAAGGCCGUCCUCCCGCCGACAGACACACGAUUCAGACCGGACCAGAGGCUUCUGGAGGAGGGGAAAGUGGCUGAAGCAGAUAAAAAGAAGGACGAGGUGGAGGAGAAGCAGAGGGAGAGGAGGAAGGAGAUGGCCAGUAGGGGGGAGGAGCACACCCCCAGGUUUUUCAGGAAAGCCCUGGACGAGGCCGGCACAGAGGUGUGGCUCUACAACGGAACCUACUGGAACCUCCGCAAAGACCCGGGUUUCGCCAACACCGAGAACCUGGACCUUUGGUAGAACCCUGGUCGAGCCCAGUUCUGAAAAUCCCACAAUGUCACGCAACGCUGCUAGAACAACCUGAGAGAGACGGUCGAGAGCACGCAUGAACCUCCGCCGCAGAGGGGACGUGCCGACGUAGGACGAACGAAGACCGAUCCAGACUUGUUUCAGGUUAGAAAAAAUACAACUGAAAUCCACAUUUGAAAACAUUUAUCUGCAGAGAAUUGUGGGUACUUUUUUUUUGGGCCGGGGGGAGGUUUUUGGCCAGCGCGUCUGUCUGUAAAGUGUCAUAUUAAUGAGGAACACGUUAGAUCUUUUUAAAUUAAAUUUUAAUGUGUCUUUAAGAAUAUUUGUGCUCAGGUUGUUCUCAGUUGCUUCCAAUGCUUUGGAGCACAUGGAGGCCAAACCUGGGGCUCGUGUUGUGGAUUUGGUCCUUCUCCACACUCUGUGGGUCAUGUUGUAUAAAUCCGUGUUGAUUUUGUAAAAAUGGUGUGUAUUUUAUUUUGCCUCUAGUUGAACUUUGGCACAACAAUAUUCUUAACUUCCUACACGUGUCCUCAUUGCUAGUUAAUGGUGCUGGUGGAGAAGGAUGCCCCCUAGUUGAUGCUAUGAAAUUUUUUUUAUGGAUGUUUCAACAAUGGAUUUUUAAAAAAGUGUAGUUUUUUUUGUUAGUUUGGUUUAGUUUCAAAUAAAAGAUUUCAUUAUCAG